AUGAACUCCCAGUCCAGAAUCAUCGAGCACACUAUUCCUUGCUCUUUCAUUUGUGAAUACCACCACGCAGUCAAGACAGACAAACCAUUGCAAUUAGCAAUCAAGAAAUACAUCCCACUCAACAACAUCAGUCCCAGUCAGAAUGGCAUAUCUAUCAUAGCAGGACAUGCGAACGGUAUUCCCAAGGGGAAAAUCAAGGCUAUCUGGUUCGCGGACUGCUCCAACCAAGGCGCCAGUGGAGUGUUGAACGAAGAUAACCUUGGCGACGAUCGUGAGACAAACUUCCAUAUACAUCUGCUAGGCAUGGUGAACCAUUUCAGUGAUCAGAUCGAGCCUCCAAUCGUGGGAGUUGCACAUAGUUUCAGCCGCUCGCAAUUUGUCCAUCUGUCUAUAAUGCAUCCCCGAGUCUUUCAUUCUCUCAUCUUUCUCGAGCCCAUGAUUCAAGUCGAAAGUCCCAGUAAUUUGGGUGGACGAAGUCCGGCUCUCUGGGACAGCACCCGACCUGAUCUGUGGUCCUCACGGCACGAAGCCGAGAGGUAUAUCCGCAGUGACCCAUUCUGGCGCCGCUGGGAUUCCCGUGUAGUCGAUAGAUAUAUACAAUAUGGCCUUUGUGCUCUCCCGACGGCGCUCUACCCUCUCCACGCCCCAGGAAGACCCCUCCUACCUGAAGCCGUGACUUUGACCACCACCAGAGCGCAGGAAGCCUGGACAUACUUGCGCCUCAAUGCAACGCCUGAGAUAGAUAGUGACGACAAGAGUGGUUCUCUUACAAGGACAGAGUGUUUUCUAGGCCCGGACUUAUCCCUCUCUGCCAAGGAAGGCGACAAUAACAACCGGAAUUAUGUGACAGUAUGCCCGUGGUCAUGUAUUGCCUUUGAGCUUCUUCCAUACGUCCGGCCACCAGUGUUCCUCAUCUACGGAGAGAAAAGCAGGCAAGUUCGAGCUGAAGUCUUGCUCGGAACCUCCCACAUGGCACCGCUGGAGAUGGUGCAGGAUACAGCUUGUCUGAUGUCUGGCUGGUUAGACGUUCAGUUGAAUGCAUACCGCGAGGAAUUGGAGUUUUGGAUGCGCCACGACAGCAAAAAGUCUGAACAGGGUGGAAAGGCUUUAUCGGCCCAAUGA